AUUCACUACCGACUGCUGUAUGUUCUCAAUAUGGAGGAUAUGAGUUAACUAUUUGACAGCUGUCGACGUUAAAAAAAACCGUUGGCAACUUCACAUGAGUGACAGAUAUUUUAAUUGAUUCUUCGUGUUUUUUUUUUGCUAAAUUUUAUUUUAUUUUAUUUCUUAUAAAAACCAUAACAAACUGCUGAUAAAUUAGCUAAAGUAAACAAGAUGCCGAUUUACUGUUUUGUGCCAGGAUGCACCACAACCGGUACAAAUGGAUUGCAUCGCUUUCCUGCGAAUCGAGAACUGAAGAUUGAGUGGAUGAAAAAAACUCAGACGACUCAUCUUAACCCAUCUAACAACUCAAAAGUUUGUAGAAAACACUUUAAGGACUGUGAUUUACGUGUUGACAUAGACGGAAAAAGAAGAUUAGAGCCGAAUGCCGUGCCAUCAUUGUUUUUACCGGAGCCUUCCACACUGAAAUUGAACUGGGAUCAUACUUAUCAUUCGAUCACCUCUCCGAAGAAGCGUCGAUUCUUGCGUUUGAAGCCUUCCGAACAAUCAGGUAACGUCUUAGAUGAUAAUGUUGGCAAUGAAAUUGAAAUUGGAGCUGACAGAGCUGAUGUAAAAGAUAGCAUGAAAUUGGGAUCGGUCAUUACCAUUGAUUAUUUGCGUUCGUUGGAACACAAAAUACAACAUCAAGCGAAGCUGUCCAUGUGUACAUAGAAGACACAAUGUCUACUAGAAUGCAAACCGUAACACUGAUUUGAUCCACUUAGAUUCUUGCUGCCCAACUGGAUUGGGGUUGGUACGAUAAGUCUGGAUGGUAUGAGGUACCUCAAAUAAAUUGCUGUAGCAUUUGAGACAUCGAUUUCAGGAUUAUUAUUGGAAUUAGUUUAUCGAAAUUAUUACAACUGCUAAUAAACAAAAUUGCUAAAAAUU